AUGGACAGCUCUGACGAGAAAUCAGCGCAUACGGAUAUCCUGGAGGUGUCUCGUGCUUCUGAUCUCGUUGAUCCUCAUCGGGUACUGCGCAAGUUGGACUGGAGGUUGAUCCCCUUCGUGUCUGUACUGUACCUCCUUGCAUACAUGUCCCCUUUCACGCUGAAUCGAGGUCCGACAGGCAAUGCGAAGAUCGCGGGACUGAUCACAGACCUUCACUUGACUGGUGUCGAGUUCAAUCUCACGUCAGCGAUGUUCUUCAUACCGUACUGCUUGCUGGAUAUCCCAUCAAACAUGGCACUCAAGUACUUCAAGCCAUCGCGUUGGAUACCCUUCAUCAUGGUCUGCUGGGGCGUUGUCCUGCUCUCAAUGGCCUUUGUGAAGACCUACCAUGAACUAAUGAUAACCCGCGUGCUCAUGGGGGCCGCCGAGUCGGGCUUGUUCCCAGGUGUUUCGUUCUAUCUGUGUCUCUGGUACCCACGAUACGCUCAAGCACAACGCCUGUCUAUCUUUGUCUCUGCAUCCAGUCUAGCAGGUGCAUUUGGCGGGCUACUAGCAUACGCUAUAGAGCACAUGAACGGGGUCGGAGGUCUUGCUGGCUGGUCAUGGAUUUUCAUUUUGGAGGGAAUUCUGACUAUAGUUGUCGCCACUCUCGCAUCUUGUUACAUGCAAGACUUUCCGGAGACUGCAACAUUCCUCACGCCAGCUGAACGUGAUUGGUUGGUACAGGCUCUGCGGGAGGAUACCGCGGCUUCGUCGAAGGAGUUCAAUCUAAGAUAUCUCAUUCAAGCGCUACGCGACCCCCAUGCAUAUCUCCUCGCAGCUAUGAACUUCUUUAUCGUGGUCCCUCAAUUUGCAUUUUCUCUCUUCCUGCCAACGAUCAUAGUUGGACUUGGGUACUCCUCGCUACAUGCACAGCUGCUCACCAUUCCGCCCAGCAUCUGCGGCUGUAUCUGCACUAUCAUAUUCGGUACCGUCUCGGACAAGAUAGGAGCUCGUGGGCCACUACUCCUGCUAGGAUCUCUGCUAUCCCUGGUUGGUUAUGUCAUGUUGCUCACGACCGAGGUUCCUGUGGUAGGCUAUAUUGGUACCAUCAUUGCUGCCGCGGGUCUGUAUCCAUCAUCGGUUUGUAACCUCGCAUGGACGUCUGGGAAUGCAGGCGGUGACAUCAAACGGGGUGCUAUGAUCGCCAUUGUUGGCGGAAUAGGCAACUCCGGCGCGAUCGCCUCGUCAUUUAUUUAUCGACAGAAGGAUAGCCCCAGGUACAUACCGGGGCACGCCACGAAUAUCGCGUGUUGUUGCGUGCUCGCUAUAUUAAGUUCAAUCGGAAUGUUUGAAUUUUGGCGCAUGAAUCGCAAGAAACGCGCCUACUGUUCGAAAGAGGGCAUUGACUCCAGUAGGUAUGAAGAGUUCGCAGAGUUAGGAGACAGAUCGCCGCUCUACCGGUACGUCUCUCAAUACACAUUUCUUCUAUCUAUAAGGCCUGAUUUCACCAGGUACACGCUAUAA